AUGGAUUACGUGGGGAUUGUCGAUGUCGACGGCGAUGGACGGCUCGAUGUUGUUGCUACCUCCAGCAACACGUACUCGAGCGCAAGCUUCACUGUAUUCAGUACCAAGGACGGAUUGGUCUGGUCUGCGAUGACUGCAGCCGUGAGUGGAACUCGCACCUGGAGAGCAGUAGCAGAUGUCAACGGCGACGGACUACUCGACGCCGUUACCUAUAGCUCGGGCGGUGUUCGCGUUGCCCUGCAGAGCGGUCGCGACGCGGACACGGUCUACACGCCGCAGACCAGACCGCUGGAUCUACGGCUAGCGCCGUGUAUGCUGGAUCGCUUCUCGUUUGCCUGCGUCGCCGCCAACAUCGCCGCCUCCUCGCGGUGCGUCGCCGACACGCUGAUGCUCGAGCCAGGUGUCUACUCGUGUGUUGCUGACGCGCAUUUUUGCCUUGGCUCGGUGAUCUUUGAGUGCGCCGACGCUGCAGCUGGGCGUGGCCCGGGUCCUGUUCACGGUGGCAGAACAUCCGCAGCCGACGUGGCGACGGUCGGGCGACUGACGGCACUAGCCGAGCUACAUGGUACGCCUGGGCUUCGGGUGAACGGGAACGGUGCGGCGCUCGAGCUGCGCAACGCUACGAUCCGCGGGUGCCGGGCGAGCGAGCCGGGUGACGACCAGGUGAUGGUCGACGUGGGCGUGGGCGGAGCGGUGCUGGCGUCGGGCGGUGGACGGGUGGCGGCGACCGGGAGCCUGUUUGCCGACAACAGCGCAGCGGGCGAGGGCGGAAGCUUGGCGGUGCGCGGGAGCGGGACUGUGGCCGAGCUCGAAAAGAGUGUGAUCGACGGCAGCAUGGCAGGGCGCGGCGGCGGGGUGUCUGUCAGCAGUGGCGCGAGGCUGGAGGUGCGUGACGGGACGGUCAUCCGCGGCUGCACAGCAAGCGGCGACGGCGGCGGGGCGUGGGUGGGGCCGGGCGGGGCGACGCUAGCCAUGGUCGGCGGCGAGGUGAGCGACAACACGGCGGGGGGCAUCGGUAGCGGCGGCGGAUUGCAUGUUGUGGGCGGAUCACAGGCCGAUCUCGACGGGGUGACUGUCCGCGGCAACCGGGCUGGGUCAGCUGGCGGCGGGCUCGCGAUUGUGGCGAGCAGCGUGUCGAGCGGACUGGCGGUGGCGCGGGCUUCGGUUGACGUGCCCGAGGUGACGGCUGUAAGUGGCGAUGCCGAGCGAGCCAAGGCGGGCUACGCUGCGGCGAACCGGCUCAGCGACUGCGUGAUCACGGGCAACACGGCCGGGACGUUUGGACACGGGCUUGCUGUUUGCGGCGAGGGCGUGGGGGUGUCCGGAGCAGCGACACGGUGGCGCGACAAUGCCGGGCGCGACGACGUGUUUGUGUGCGCAGCCGAGGGAGUGGCGGCGUCGCUGGCAGGGCCCGAGACAGUGCCAUGGCUGCGUGUGGCGAGCGAUGCAGCAGCUGAGGUGCUGACAGCCAGCUCGGGGACCCGCAUCGCGGCACCUCUGAGCCGGCUCGAGUGGGUGACGGCGCCGGCCGGCACGGUCACGAGCGGGGACGGGCCGCGAGCGACGGUGGUCGGAGUUGACUGGCUCGGGCGCGAGCACAUCGAGCCGGAGCUUGAUGUGGCGGUUGUUGUAGACGCACCGAGCGGGAUGCUUGUGAGCGGCGAGACCACGAGUGCCAUGUCACAGGCAGUGACGGCGGUGCCAGGCGUGAGCGUGUCUGUGCUAGCGUCAGUGGCAUCGUCGGUGACGCUCCCUGCGCCGGUGUCGAUGCGGGUGGAGGCAGUGACGAGCCGGAGCGGCGGACACACAGUGGGCGGAUUGGCAGCAGCGUUCGAAGUGACCGGGUGCGGGAUGGGGGCCGGAGCGUCGGUGCAGAGCACAGUGUCGGGCAACAUGGUUGUGGACGUUGUGGUGUGCGCGGCGUGUGUGGAGGGCACGAUGUCGACGAGCGUGUCGUUGGACGGAUGCGUGGCGGUGCCGAGCUGCCCACUCAACACGCAGCGACUUGCAGGAAGCGGUGCGAUCAACGUGACGAGCGGCAGCGGGGUUGACGACUGCGUAUGCAAGCCUGGGUUCUGGUCGCGAACCGGACGGAGUGGAGUGGCAUGCGAUGCGUGCCCGCGCGGCGGCGUGUGCGAUGGCGGGCUGGACAGCCCGCGUGCGGCGCCCGGCUUCUUCCCUGACGCGGACAGCGAAGCGGUGUUUGUGGCGUGUCCGGCGAGCGAGGCAUGUCUCGGGAGCGGGCAAUGUGCGGCGGGAUACACUGCGCGGCUGUGCGCCCAGUGUGCGGAUGGCUACUUUGCGCUCGGCGGGCGGUGCCGCAAGUGCCGACCGGUGGCCAACGCGAUGGUGACGGUAGCGCUACUGAUUGGAGCGCUGGUGGUCACCGGCGUGCUGCUGGCGUUCAACUUGACGGAGGGUCUGCGAUACAAGUUUGCUGCGGCGAUGAUUGGGCUCAACGGGUUGCAGAUGAGCGCGAUCUACGGGCGGCUCGACUUUGAGUGGGGCCCUGUGGCUCGGGUGUACUUUGACAUUGCGUCUGCGGUGAACCUGGACGUGGAGCUGACGAGUCCCGAGUGCUCGCUGGUUCGCGGGGCGGACGUAUGGGUGCUCAAGUGGGCGCUCACGCUCAUCCUGCCUGUGUUUGUGGCUUUGGCGAUCUGCGGGGCGGCAACGGUGUACGGGCUGCUCAUCGCCCAGGGCAGCGGAUGGUGGUUCGAGACGGCGAUCAUGGCGCGCAAGGCGGGCCUGGUCCUCUGCAUGACUUUCAUGUUUACCGACGAGGGCAAGGCAAGCAUGGGCGUUUGUGCACUUGCAGUUGCGCUGGGCCAUCUCGUGUACGUCCGGCCGUAUGCGUCGGACUUCCACAAUCGGCUGGCGAUGCUUGUUCUUGCCGCCACCACUCUUGCGUUGUACGGAGGAACACUCAAGGACGCACCGCUUCGGAUGGCGUGGGUCUCGACAUGGGUGGUGGUGAUUCUGAUUGCGCUCGUCGGCGGCAACGGGUACGAUUUGUGGCGGAUGCAGCGGAGCGAGAAGGCGAUCGAGGACGCGGAGUACUUUGUGGCCGGCGGGUUUGCGACGGCGCUUGCGAGUGCGUCUGGCGAGAGGCCGCGGAGCGCAAGCGUGGAGAUGGGCACGGUGAUGGUUGAAGGCGUGGCGUGGGAGACGCUCGGCAGCGGCAAUGAGCUUGCGCUGUCGUCGGUCGAAGCCAGCCGGGGCGUUCUCUCGCCGAUCGGCAGUGGUCGGGCAGAAGCUUGCCUAUCUCUCCCCACCUUGGGUGGGAUCGGGAGCGAUCCGGCCCCACACGAAGUCUCCGGCUUUGGAUGGGCGGCUGCAGGUGCCAGUCCUUAUCAUUCUGAGAUCUCGAUGGGCGGCGCUGCACAGGCGGGUUCGUUGCUUGCGCUGAGUAUGUCAAGCUCGUCGUCGACCAGCAGCAGCAGCAGCAGUAGCAGUAGCAGUAGCUGA